AUGGAAAAUAUUGAAAUCAUAAUCACAUCCCCAGAAAGUGAAAACUCAAAAGUAAGACUAGCACAACCUGCUAGCUUCAAAUCAUCCAAUGACGAUUUCAGUGCAACUGUAAGACAAUGCAAAGAAAACAUAAUUAAAAAUAAUUUAACUGCAUCGUUAGCAACUAAGAAAAGAAAUUAUAUUCAUAAAACGACACAUGCAGCAACAUUCACUAAAGACAAAAAAUCAUCCAAUGCUAUUGAAACCGAAAUAACAAAACGUGAAUCCCUUUUGAGGAGCAUUAAAAAUAAAGAUAUAACACUUGUAAAUGAAUAUUCUGAUGAUAUUUUUGAAUAUUUGUACCAACACGAAUUAAAUAACUUACCAACUCAUAACUAUUCAUUAGCACCGGACUCACAAUAUUAUAUGCGUCCUGCAAUGAGAGCAAUCUUAGUGGAUUGGUUAGUCGAAGUUCAUAACAGAUUUGAAUACACUACAGAAACUUUACUUCUCGCUAUCAAUUUAUUUGAUCGUUUUCUAUCUCAAAAUAAAGUGACAAUGAGUAAAUUGCAAUUACUUGCUAUUACCUCAUUAUUUGUCGCUGCAAAAUUUGAAGAAGUAAAUUUACCCAAAGUUGUCAAUUAUUCAUACUUGACUGAUGGUGCUGCCACAGAAGAAGAUAUAAUUACAGCGGAAAAAUUCAUGAUUCAAUCUUUAAGAUUUAAUAUAAGUUCUCCAAGUCCAGUAAGUUUCAUGAAGAGAAUCUCAAACUCAGAUGAUUUGACUGAUCCUAGCAACAUGGAUUCGAUUAGUCAAUUUUUAAUCGAAUACACAACUUGUUCUUCAAAAUUUAUUGAUUUGAAACCUUCCCUAGCUAGUAGCAUGUCAAUGUACAUUGCAAGAAAAAUUAACUUACAACAUUCAGUAUGGGAUGAUCAAAUCAAAAAAUUAAGUGGAAACAUAGAUGCAAUGAAUGAUAAACAAUUCCAAAAUUUGUGCAAAGAAUUGAUUAUGGAAAUUGUCACACCUUCAACAAAACUAACUGCAUUGACAAAUAAAUUUCAAACAUCAACCUACAAUGAAGCAUAUAAAAAAAUUGAAAAUUGGUGUCAACAUCAGAUCUCAAAAGAUUUUGCAAAGUUAUUCUAA